CAGCAGAUCAGGGCAAGAGGAGGAGGAAGAAAACUUUCAAUCAAGACGUUUUCGCAACCUGCAUUCAAAAUUGCACUGAUUGCGCUUUGGGACUGAUUGCAAGACUGCAGCCAGCAAGAAGAUUAAAAAAAACCAAACACAACAGCUGAGAAAGCAACUCAAAAGAAGAGAACGAGAAAGAAAACGUACAAUCAAGAUGUCUUCUCAACCGAAAUUCACACUUCUUUUGGAAAAAAAGGAAGAAAAACCUUUGAGAGUCGUCCUGCUGGGAAAAACCGGAUCAGGAAAAAGCAAGUUUGGCAAUAUGAUCAUUGGAAAAAGUGUGUUUCAGGUGGACGGUUCAGCAAACUCUGGUUCAAGUAGAUGUCAGGCAGCCACUACAUUUAAUGGAGAAAUCACAGUGGUUGAUACUCCUGGUUUCUUUGACAACCGCAGAGAUAAAGUAGAUGUCAAACCUGAGAUAGUGAAGAGUAUCACAGAGUGCUCACCUGGACCUCAUGCUUUUCUCAUUGUACUCAAGGUGGAGAAAUUCACUGAGCAAGAGAAGCAGAUUAUUACAAAAAUAAGAGAGUUAUUUUCUGAAGAGGCUUUUAAAUAUGCUGUACUGAUCUUCACUCAUGGUGACCAGCUUGAUGAGGGCGAAACGAUCGAAGAGUUUGUCAGUAAAAAUAAGGACCUGAAAGAGCUUUCAGAUAAAUGUGGUGGCCGCUGUCAUGUUGUUGAUAAUAAGUAUUGGAACAAAAGCCAGGAAGAUCCUUACAGAAACAACCAGUUCCAGAUCAGACAGCUGCUCUACACGAUCAAUGAAAUGGUGAAGCAAAACGGAGGACGCUGCUACACCAAUGAGAUGCUGCUUGCAGUGGAGAAACAAAUCAGAGAAGAGGAGGAGCGAACCGGAUCCAGAGAGUUGGCAAAGAAAAAUGUCACCGACUUUUUCUUCAAGAAAUCAGCUGGUAUUGACCCAGAAGAUUUACUGGGAGCUUCACUUGGCAGACCAGAAAAUGUUAAAAAGGUUCUUUCAGUAGUUUUUGGUCUCACUUGUGCUACUGCAGGGGCAGUUCUUGGAGCAGCAGUUGGAGCAGCAGUUGGAGCAGUUGCAGGUCCUGCAGGGGCUGCUGCUGGAGCUGCUGCAGGGGCAAAAACUGGAGCUGCUGCAGGGGCAACUGUUGGAGGUGUUGCAGGGGCUGUGGGAGGUUAUAUAGCUGGGGGGUGGAUGAAGCCAAAGGAUGAAUAAAUUGGAGACAUGAGAUAGAGACAAAAACAACAAAAAUUCCACCAUGUCACAGACACAUUGUGGAAUAAUAUUUUUUUAGACUGCAGAUAUACUUUUUUCUCUAAUGGUGGAU